GCGUUACAUCGGUUUUGAUCCAAUUCUUAGGUCUUUGAUGCAUUUUCAGUUGAUGUUUGUGCAAGGUGAGAGGUGACCAUGGCAUCUGAAUCUCCUAUGAAGAUCCCCAUUUGUUUAGUGGAAAACUGGAAUGAGCAGCUGACAGUGAAUUCAGAAGCCUUGAAGAUUCUUGAAAAUAUAUGUCAGCCUGUGGUGGUGGUGGCCAUUGUAGGGACAUAUCGCACGGGGAAAUCCUGCCUCAUGAAUCAUCUUGCAGGACAGAACCAUGGCUUCCCUCUGGGCUCCACAGUGAAGGCUAAAACCAAGGGCAUCUGGAUGUUGUGUAUGCCCCACCCCAGCAAGCCAAACCACACCCUGGUCCUCCUGGACACUGAGGGCCUGGGAGAUGUGGAAAAG